GGCGGGGCCGCGCACGCGCUGCAGGACGCGGGGACGAGCUGCAGGGCUGGCGUUUGAGCCUAUCUUGGUGAAUUUCUCAUGUGCAGUUGAAAGUAACAUGUGACCUGUUCAAGGUCUCUUGCUCUGGACCUGAGGUUCCCUAGAAGGUGAGUGGGGUUGGGUUUUGUUGGUAAAAAGUAUGCAGCAGGUGGGGAGGCUUGAGGAUGUGGGUGGUUCUUGGUUCUCAAGGUGAUGCACCCCAUUCUCUUGAUCUUGCAGAUGGUAUCUGAGGCAGAGCGCCAUCCCCUGGGUGUGUUUGAGUGUGAGCUCUGUGCUUUGACAGCUCCAUACAGCUACGUGGGACAGAAGCCCCCUGACACCCAGUCGGUGGUCCUCCUGGAGGAAAGCUAUGUCAUGAAGGACCCCUUCACCUCUGACAAGGCUGGAUUCCUGAUCCUUGGCUCUUGCUGCAGCUUGUGCGGUAGACUGGUGUGUGUGGGCCCGGAGUGCAGUCUAUUCUACUCCAAGAGAUUUUGCCUCCCUUGUGUCCAGAAGAACAUCAGUGCUUUUCCUCAGGAAAUUCGGCAAGACUUGGAGAAAAGAAAAGUCCUGUCAAAAAGGCCUUCCAGCCAGCCCAGUUCUCAGCCGUGAGCAAGGCCAUUGCCCAGGCAGCGGGCAGCACCAUGCACAGAGCUCCAGGCCCAUCAGGAUCAGGGAUGCCACAGAGCUGGGAGCCGCCAUGCCCAGCCUGUUUCUAGGCCGUCAGGAGCAGCUUCUGUGGCCCAAGGGAGCUGGGCCCAGCUUGCAGCAGCAACAGAGCCAUGGG